AUGGCAUCCACCGCGAUUCCCGCUACUCUGUAUCGAAUCACGAGCUCUCAACACUGCCGACUGCAAGCGCAAGAGGCCGCGCCGUGCGCCCAAUUCGCAAGAGGCCAGACUAGCGGUUCGCUUUGUUUGCCAUCUCGCGGCGCGGCUGCUGCCGGCAGGGGUCGCACGGGAUCGGCGAUUUCGCGUCGUCGGUUGGCGACUGUCGCCGCGACGGGCACGGAUGUCGCUGCAGAUGCGGAAGUGGACUUGUACGGGCUUCUCGGGUACCACCCAGAUGUCAACAGCGACCCGGGGGCGGCAGACACGUUCAUUCAGCUCAGUAACGCGUACGAGGUGCUGGUGGACGCCAAUAACACACACCAACACACACCAAUACACGCCAACACACACCAAUACACGCCAACACACACGCCAGUGACGCAGCCCAGUGACAAAGCCCAGACGCGCAAGGGCGAUGCGAGGCAGGCAGCAGCAGCCAGGUGGUCGUCAGACAGCGGGAGUGAGGGCGAGGGCGAGGCAGUGGGCCAGGUGGUGGAGGCGGUGACGGGGGAUGUGGUGGAGUACCCGCUCUCUGCUGCUGUCAGGGACAGAUUUGAUGACGGCCGCAUCAAAGGUGAGCCUCUGCCCCUCGUGCCCUCUCGUGCCCUCUCUCUCCCUCUCGUGCCCUCUCUUGCCCACUCUUGCCCACUCUUGCCCUCUCUCUCCCUCUCUUGCCCACUCUUGCCCUCUCUCUCCCUCUCGUGCCCUCUCUUUCCCUCUCUUGCCCUCUCUUGCCCACUCUUGCCCACUCUUGUCCUCUCUCGCGUUGGCUUUGUGGUUGGCCGCAAUAAAGGUGCGCUGCUUCCCUGCCACGCCCCUUGUCUCUGUCUCUUCCACCCUGCCACCCACUACUUCCUCUCUGCCUCCAUUAUGGUCAUUUACCUCGUCUGCACAUCGCCCCUAUUGCUUGCUCCCUCAUCUGCCAGCACAUCCUCCUCAUCUGCCAGCACAUCCUCCUCAUCUGCCAGCACAUCCUCCUCAUCUGCCAGCACAUUCUCCUCAUCUGCCAGCACAUCACCCUAUUCCGCCACUACCACCUUUCCUUGUCCCUCCAAUAGACCGUGGCGAUCGCCACAAGCUCCCACCCGAGCUGGUGGAGACACAGCCACAGAGUCAGAAGCAGCGAAGGUGGUUUCUUGCAACCGCUUUGACUGCCCUCAUCUCUCAGCUCUCUCCUCUGCAUCUCCGGUCGCUGGACCUUUCCGUACCCCUCUGAACCCCUCCACUUCCUACCAGAACCUGGGGCUGGUGGAGAUAGAGCCGCAGGUCCUCAACCUGGGGCUGGUGGAAAUAGAGCCGCUUUUCCAGGAGGCAGGCGAGAACGUGUGGCAGACAGACGCUCUCGAGAGUGCCGCCUUCGCCUCUCUGCCUGACCUCAGAGUGCUGCGCACUGUGAGCUCUCCCCUCCCUGCUGCGCACUGCCACUCUGUGUGCUCUGCGCACUGCUCUCACACCCCUUUGCACCCCAAGCUCUCCCAUUCCGCCCACUGUGCGCUUCCCACACAGCUCCUUCUUCUCUCUGCUCAUCCAUCCCACGUCUCCCCCUGCUCUGCGCCCGUCUCCCCCCUUUCUGCACCCUCCCAUCCCCGCUCCCCCCUUGACAUGUUCCCAUCCAUCCCCCCUGUUCCCCGCUGCCCUGCGCCCGUCCUUUCCCCAUUUCCCCCUCUGCUCUGCACCCAUCCAUCCCCCCUGCUCCCCGUUGCCAUGCCCCCUGCCCCCCCUGCCCUGCCCCCUGCCCGCCAUCAAUGCGGGCAGGAGUUUGACAAGAGGACUGACUCGUGGCGCAUUCUGGAUGCGCUGUCCCCAGGGUGUGGGAGCCAUGUGUACGACGAGGAGAUCAUCGUGUGA